CUAAAAAGAAAGGAAAUUUGGAUAAGGAUCAAGGCUGAUAUUUUUUGUCCUCAGCCACGUGUUUUGCUCAUCCUCAUCUUCUUCUUCUCCCCGAUGCUCUGCCCCCCGACCCUCUGCACCCGAGAAGCCCCCCAACCACCGCCACCCAUUUCCGGCCGGAAAUCCGGCAAAGCUUGGGGAUUUCUCCCUAUUUUCUUGUCUUAGAACACCUGUUGAACCCAGAAAAUCCCAAAUCUGCGUCUUCCUCCCUCUGCUGUCCGUCGGCUUCAACUUGUGGGUUUGAAAUUUCUGGGCAUUUUUCGCCGCGAGUUCCCCUGCAGAAUUUCUUCUUCUCUGCCGUCGGCUUCUCCCCCCCCUGCUAGGCUUGGUUUUGCUUGCUAAAUUUUGGUAAGUUGCCGGCUUUUCCAAGCUUAAAAUUACCCAUUUAAUUGCUGGGUUUUGUCCAUUAGUUGAUGCUCUGUGUUGUCCGAAUCUGCUGGGAUAGGGGAUGAAUUUGGUAGCCAUUUUAAAUGUGUUUUGUGCUAAAUUUAUGUAGGAAAUUUUGUUAAUUAGGCUGUUGUGAUGUUGUGUAGGAGUAAUCCCGUGACUUAGCCAUUGUUGGCCAAAGCCGUGGGUCUCCAUUGCUUGUCCGGGAAAUUGGAAUGAAUUUUGGGUAGCUUUAAGCUAUGUUUUUAAGUGUGGUUUAUGUAGAAAAUUAGC